AUGGCUCGGCUGCUCCGCAUCGCCUACAUCCUGGUCUGCUGCCCUGCACUGCUGCAGGGAAAAGCCUCAGAGUACCAGCUGGAGUCAGAGAGCCAAUGUGAGUUGCUAAGAGGCGUGGCUGUUGCCAAGCAACAAGGUGACAUGCCUCAUUGUACGCACGAUGGCAGGUUCAGACCUGUGCAGUGCAACGGGCGGGGUGACGAGUGUUGGUGUGUAGAUGCUGGCGGUCAGGAAGUCGUCGGGACUCGAACCAACGGCUCUGCUCCUUACUGUGCGUCUCCCUGCCAGCUGCAGUCGGAGCUGCGCUGUUCUCCUUCGGGCCUGUUUGAGUCCGUCCAGUGUGAGUCCAGCAGGGGUCAGUGUUGGUGUGUGGACCAGGACGGCAUGGAGCUCUACGGGACCAGACAGACCGGGACCCCUCACCGCUGUCCUGGCAGCUGUGAGGUGAGGUGGAGGCGACUCCUGCACGGCGCCGAGUCUCUGUCUCCUCCUCAGUGUGAUGAAGAUGGCAGCUUCCUGCCGGUUCAGUGCAAAUUCAUCAACACGACGGACCGGUCAGAGCUGGACCUGCUGAGCGCCUUCAACAGAUUCCCAGAAGCCUUUGAGACGUUCAGCAGCUUCAGGAAGUUUUUCCCGAUGGUUUCCUCCUUCUGCUUCUGUGCAGACAGCCGAGGCAGAGAGCUGAAGGACACAGGUGUGGAGCUCCUCCUGUCUGAGGUGUACGACUCGGCGUUCUCUGGUCUUCGGUCCGGCCGUUCCUUCUCUCAGACAAACAUCUACCGAGUCCUGCAGAGGAGGAUGCUGGGAGUUCGCCUCGCACUCACCGGACACUUCAGAUGUCCCUCUCCCUGUGAGGAGGAGCGACGGGCAGCGAUGGAGGCGUCCAGUGUUGGCGUCCCGUCCUGCGAGACCGUAGGAUCCUUCACCCCCAGACAGUGUCAGCAGGGGGGGCAGUGCUGGUGUGUCGACCCCACAGGGAGGGAGCUUCCUGGGACACGACAGUAUGGAGACUCCCUGGUCUGCAGUUCAGGUUUGGCUGACUGUCCCUCUCAGCGCCGUCUGGCUCUGUCGCGGCUCUUCUCCGGUCCUGUUGAUCCUUCUCUCCGGCCUUCCUCGGGCACAUCUCCGGCCUCGUGUCUCCCCCUCCUCCGUCCUCUCGGGGAUCUGCUGCCGGCGGAAGUGGACCAAUCCUCCUUCCUGUCUCGCCUGGUCCAAGUCCUCGGCGGUCUCUUCCCCUCGGUGGGCGGAGCUCUGCAGGCUCUGGCCCGCUCCUCUCCCCAGCGCCUUCAGGAGAAUCUGUUUGGAGGGAAGUUCCUGAAGAGCGCCGCCUCCUUUAACUUCAGCGGAGCGGUGGGAGCGCGAGGAGCCCUCGGCCUGGACCGGCUCUCCUCUCAGAGUGUCGCUGUCGUCCUCCAGAAGAACCGGGACCUGGUCCGGUACGUCAGCGCCGCUCUGGAGGAUCCCGCCUUCCUCUCCGCCCUCCAAAACACACUGAGCAGCCGCUCACAGUCUUCCUCCCUGGAACAGGUUCUGACUCCUCUGCUUCGUUCCUGCUCUAAAGAUGAAGACGAGGACUCAUCGGCCAUCUUUGUCCCGAGCUGCACCCUCAGUGGCGGUUUCCAGGAGGUCCAGUGUAGCGGAGAGUGCUGGUGCGUUGACCCUCAGGGUCAGGAGGUGGCCGGGUCGCGUACCGCCGGCGCUCGGCCCCGAUGUCCGUCUCGCUGCGAGACAGCGCGAGCGAUGGCGCUGAAGGUGAAAGGAAACCUGGCAGCCGGCGCUGAGAUCCACAUCCCAGCGUGCUCUGAGGACGGAGACUUCCUGCCGCUGCAGUGUGUCGGCUCACGCUGCUUCUGUGUGGACGCAGACGGGAAAACAACAACUGCCGGAUCAACAGGCGGCGCCGUCUCCUGUCCGAAGAGAACGACACAGACGUUUCGGUCGUCUGCAGGUCGCUGCUCUCAGGCGUUGGAUGAGGUCACGGCGUUCAGACAGGAAGUGAAGAGCGUCAUCGCUCUCUCUAACUCCUCCCACCUCCCUCUGGGAUACGGAUUCCUUCUGGCCGAAGGUCUGCGUCUGACGCCGGAGGAGCUCCAGGUCAGCCAAUCGGACGAAGCGCUGCGGAUCUCUGAUAGGCUGCUGAGCCGCUCCAACGCUGCUCUGCGAUUGGCUGCUUUCUCCACCGUCCAGAUGUUCCUGCCUCCUCAGCGUCGGUCAUACCAGCUGUUCACGCCACAGUGUGACGCUGACGGACACUGGCUUCACACACAGUGUUACCACAGCACAGGUCAGUGUUGGUGUGUCGAUGAAGAUGGAGAGUACAUUCCUGACUCUCUGACCAGCCGCUCACUCCGCCUUCCCAAAUGUGAGAGUCGCUGUCAGAGAGCUCAGGCUCGCACUCUGCUCUCUGGUUGGAUGAAAGGAUCUGACAUCACCAGCCCUUCAUCUUACAGCGCAAAGUGUGACGAGGACGGUGGUUCGGUGCUGCAGACAGGAAGUGCUGCAGGCUGGUGUGUGAACCGUGUGACCGGGGAGACGAUUCAGAUGGCAACAACGAACCCCGCAGGACAGCUGACAUGUCCCAGCUGGUGUGAGCUGCAGGGUUCCCAGUGUCGCCCCGACGGCUCCUUUGUCCCUAUGCAGUGUGAUGUCACUUCCUGUUGGUGUGUCUCCGAGGUCGGGCUGGAAGUGGGCGGGACCCGGACGCUUCGACAGACAGGGCGUGCCCCGUCAUGUGACCGUCCUCUCUGUCCCGACUCCGCCGUUACCAAUGGUGCACUGGUGUGUCGCCCGGCAGCUGACGGUCUGCAAAGCUGUGACCUCGUCUGUCAGCGUGGCUACCAGAACUCACUUCCUGUCGGCAGCUUCCUGUGCGAGACUGAGAGUGGACGAUGGGACGGAGACAUCAAACCGCUGAGUGGAGCCUGUCAGAUCUCCCAGCCUCUCCAGUUGGUGGCGUCCUCUCAGCUCUGGGAGUUGUCGGCGUCCUGCUCUCAGAUCAGCAGUCUACAGUCUCAGCUGUUCACCACGAUGACCAGCAGGGGGCUCUGCUCUGGACAGCUUCCCAUGUCAGGCCGCUCUGUGUCUCUGUGUGAUGACUCAUCGGUGCGCCUGCAGUGUGACGGCGACGACGCGCUGACGUUAACCAUCACAUGGAGCUCCGACCUGUCUGACCUCCCGACCUCUGACCUGUCUGACCUCCACGACAUCGGUGUGUUUCUGAAUGAGUCCAGACUUCUGGAGGGGGUCCGGGGACUUCUGGGUAAUAUCCGAUCCAUGCUUACAUCAGAACCCAAACUGGUUUCCGUGACAACACCGAUCUUCGGCUGUUCCCGCGGUCACCGCCUGGCCAGUGAUGGCGAAGGCUGCGUCGUCUGUCCUGCAGGGAGUUACUCCAGGCAGGGGGCGUGUCUCCUGUGUCCUCAGGGAACCUAUCAGGACGAAGAGGGGCGGGACUUCUGCGACAGGUGUCCCAGAGGCUCCUCACCUGCUGGAGCGUCAUCUGUCAAUCAAUGUGUGACAGAGUGUCAGAGGCGGGGCCUUCGGUGUUCGGAGCGAGGUGACUUCCUGUCAGCGCAGCCUGACUUCCUGUCUGGCAGGUGGAGGUGUGUCAGCAGUGAGGGGGCGGAGCUUGAGUGGACCAACAGUGACACGCCCCUGACCGAUGAGGAGUGCUCAGUCCUAAGCAGGUUUCAGGCUGUACCAGGAUCAGAUCUGAUUGUCGGAGCUGAAGACACUGAAGUCCUGCAAACAAUGACCUCUGACCUCAUAUCCUGUGUCCAAGCGUGUGCAGUGGAGCCGUCCUGCCACCAUGUGGCGCUGUUCAACAGACAGACUCAGUGUGAACUGUACAGCUCACACACUCUGAACACACACUGCAACACCUCCCAGCAGACCAGUGGGUUUCUGGGUAAUCCUCAGGCAGAGCUCUUUGAUUGGCUGAGCUGUUCUCUGAGAGUGAGGGGAGGGGCUUCAGAUCUCCUGGUCAUCAGGAAGAAAGGUGUGGCCUUCUCCUCCUGGCGGCAGCAGCAGCAGAGCUUUGAGAGGAUGAGGAUGAUGAAGGCGCUCUCAGGUGUGUUCAGGACUCAGGUGUUCUCCUCCAGACGGACCUCUCUCUCUGACGCUCAUCGUUUCUGUCAGGACGGCUGCAGCCGCGACGCCUGCUGCGAUGGAUUCAUCCUCAACCAGAACGUCCUCAACGGAGGCUCUCUGCUCUGUGGUUGGCUGAGAGCUCCGUCGGUGUUGAUGUGCGGGGACCAGGACUGGGAUGUGAUUGGACAGGGAGCGGCCAGUCGUAUCUGUGGGGCGGGGCUAACCUACAACGAGCAGCAGAGGAGCUUUGUGUUUGACUUCGGAGGACAAAAGUUCACCAUCACUGAUUCGUCUCUGCCGGCCGACAGCAAGAACAAGAAGGACUACCAGGCCUCCAUCAUCAGCUUCCAGGCCAUCUACCUCAACUCUGAUGCUGAGUCAGCAGCUGGUGGUUCUGGUUCCUCUUCCUGUACAGCAGCAGAACUCGCUGCUCCUCUGGACGUGUCAGUGCAGCUGAAGUUUGAGUCUCUGUCGGAGGACGAGGUCCUCGUGGAUCCAAAGAGAGAACUCCCCACGCUCUCCUUCUGGCUCAGCAAGAAGAACUACAACUCCCAGCAGGCACUGCUCUGGUGUCUCACACGCUGUGACGUGGAGCAGCUGUGCUCCAUCGCUGACCUCCGAGAUGGUGACUCAGCAGUUUUCUUCAGCUGCUCCUUGUAUUCAGACAGCAGAGUUUGUGGCGCGUACGACAAACCUCUGAGACGCCCCUGCCGCCCUCUGCUGGACAGAGCGCCCAACAACACCUACAGCAAGAAGGUGGAUCUGUCCGGACCGGUGAAGAGUUUCUAUGAGAGAGUUUCAUUCCAGAAGAUGGUUUCUUACUCAGUUCGCAGCCGAGUCAGCCUGAGAGAAAACACACCGCUGUCUAAAGGGUUCAUGGAGUGUGAGCGGCGCUGUGACGAGGAUCCUUGUUGCCGCGGAAUCGGCUUCGUCCGGGACACCAAAUCACCAGGUGGCUCAGACGUGGUGUGUCUGUCUCUGAUCAGUCUCGGGGUUCAGACCUGCGGUGAGGACGACACGACCACCUGGAGGACUCAGGACUGCAGCCCGUCUGCAGUAAAGACCACUCCGGACCCCUUUGGCUGGUACCAGAAACCUGUGAACCAGUGGAGUUCUUCUCCGGCUCUCUGUCCUCCGUUCAGCCUGCCAGCAACCACAAACAACGUGUCUCUGGACUCGUGGCGUCUCCUCUCUGACUCAUCGGUCCUCGUCGACCCGUCCGUCUCUACGUACGAUGUCAUCCACGUGAGCCGUGACAUCGCCGCUGACCGGGACCAGACCAGGGACUGGUGUCUCCACGCCUGUCAGGAGGCGGAGUCUUGCGUGGCCGUGUCACUCGGUGAGACGGCGUCCGCCACUCGCUGCGUCCUCUACCCCGACACCACGGCGUGCGGGUUAAGCUCCGCCCCCAGCUCCUCCAGCCCCGCCUCUUCCUGCCGGCUGAUCAUCAAAGAGCCCGCCCCCCAGGUGUACCUGUGGACCGAGCGGUUGCCGUCGGUUACGUCUGUCUCCAUCCCUGGUCAUGGCACCCUGCAGGGCGUUGCCGUGGAAACGCUGCUGGGCUCAGACAGGAGGACGGUCAUUCAGUUUCUGGGAGUGCCGUCAACACCUAUCUGACUGUCUGUCUCUCUGUGUCACUGUCUGUCUGUCUCUCCCUCUCUGUCUGUCACUCUAACCUGUCUUCCCAGUUGUAUCCAGCCAGGUGAUGAAGACUCUGCAGCCUCCAGUGAAGACUGUCUCUACCUCAACAUCUUCACUCCUGCUGCUCUGAGGGGGCGUGUCCCAGCCCUGGUGUUCUUCUUCAACCCUUCGGCCAAUCAGAACCCAGGACUGUUGGAUGGCUCCACCCUCGCUGCUGUAGGUAAUAUCGUCGUGGUAACGGCCAGCUACAGAACGGCGGCGCUGGGAUUCCUGAGCACCGGUUCCUCUGGUCUCCGUGGUAACUACGGGCUGUCGGACCAGGAGGCGGUGCUCCGUUGGGUUAACGCCUACAUCUCUACGGUGGGCGGAGACAACAUGAGAGUGACAGUCGGAUCGGAGAGACGUGGCGCUGACAUCAGCAGCCUUCUUCUACUCUCUUCCUCUUCCUCUUCCUCUUCCUCUCGUCUGCUGUUCCAGCGCAUGAUGCUGAUGGGCGGCUCUGUGUUUUCUCCGUCGCUGCUCCAGACUCCCUCCACCUCCCGACGCCAGGCGCUCGACCUGGCCAAAGAGCUCGGCUGCGUGACCUCUGACCUCACCGACGACGACAAGAUGGCCGCCUGCCUCAGAGCGACGCCUGCUCACACGCUCAACGCGGCUCAGACCAAAUUGUUGGCGGUCAGCGGUCCCUUCCAGUCCUGGUCUCCGGUCCGUCAGUCCGGCUCCGAGCCGUCUCUCCACCGAGUCGACCUGCUGCUGGGAACAUCUGCACACGACGGUCUGAUCAGCCGCGCCCGCAGGAUAAAGGACUUUGAGGCUCUGCGCGGUCGAGCUGACGGUAAGACGGCGUUUUACGAGGCUCUGAGUCGCUCGCUGGGCGGAGCGACAGGAAAUGAGCUGCUGAAGGAAGCGGCGGCCUGGUUCUACUCUCUGGAUCACAGCCCCUCGCCGGCCGGAUACAACCUCUUCUCCAGAGCGCUCAACAAUGCCACCAGAGAUCUGUUCAUCAUCUGUCCCAGUCUGCAGAUGGCUAGCCACUGGGCUAACAGCAAAGCUAACGUCUUCCUGUACCACCAACCUGCCACCAGCUCUUACAACAGGGCCGAUAUGUCUGUUCCUCUGGACGUUCAGUUUGUGUUUGGGACACCUCAUCAUCCAAUGAGCUCUCAGCGUUUCACUUCCUCUGACCGACGCCUCUCUGUGGCCGCGAUGACCUACGUCUCCAGCUUCAUCAGGACCGGGAACCCAAACCCGUCCCGUGUGUGGGCGGAGUCAGUUCUGCCCCGCUGGAAGCAGGUGCUGUCCUCUGAAGCCCCGCCCAUCUACCUGGAGCUAAGCCCCUCCCUCCGACAUCGACAGGGUCUGAGUCAGGGCUCCUGCUCCUUCUGGAGCACACUGGGAACCAGACUGACCCGUCUGAGUGGUGAGUCAGGGGCGGAGCCUGUCCAGCUUGCGUUGUCCCCUGAGCUCCCAUUGGCUGCACCAUCCAGCCAAUCACAGACUGAGAAAGACGCCUACAGCUAAACUAAUGACAUCAUCAUGUCCUCGUGACAUCACAGUUUCCUGCCUCCAGAUUCAGUUUGAUCUAAAAAAGAAAUACAGUGAAUAAAUUAAAUAAAUGCUGUCUUAAUCAAUAAAUAUCAUUUUUAAGUCUC